GGAUCUUCAUUAUUGAAGGUAAAUAAAACACCGACUUCUUUUCCACGUCGUGGAAGUAAACAGACCUGUCAAGUGAAUGCUUUAGCCGUGUAUUAGCAAAAUAACAUUUAAUAGUGUGAACAUAACCUAUUUAGAAAUGGCAAGCAUUGAGGAUUUACAGAAGAAGAUUCAAGAACUUGAACAUGAAUUAAAGGAAGAACGGAACAAACGGGGAUCGAUCCGAACAAAAAUUACCCAGAUGAGUUCCGAAGUUGUAGAUUCCAAUCCCUACAGCCGAUUGAUGGCACUAAAGCGCAUGGGAAUUGUGGACAAUUAUGAGAAAAUUCGAGACUUCACAGUGGCAGUGGUGGGAGUCGGGGGCGUGGGGAGUGUGACAGCGGAGAUGUUAACCAGAUGUGGAAUCGGAAAGUUGUUGCUGUUUGAUUAUGAUAAAGUGGAGCUGGCAAACAUGAACAGACUUUUUUUCCAACCACAUCAAGCUGGUAUGAGCAAAGUAGAAGCUGCUGAAAGAACUCUAAAGGAGAUAAAUCCUGAUGUUGCAUUUGAGGUAUACAACUACAACAUUACAACAGUAGACAACUUCAGUCAUUUCAUGGAAAGAAUACGAAAAGGUGGAUUGAAAAAGGACAGCCCAGUGGAUCUUGUUCUUAGUUGUGUAGAUAAUUUUGAAGCAAGAAUGACGAUAAAUACUGCCUGUAACGAGAUCGGACAGACCUGGAUCGAGUCGGGGGUCAGUGAGAAUGCUGUCUCGGGACACAUACAGUUUAUCAUCCCAGGGGACACCUCUUGUUUUGCAUGUGCACCACCAUUAGUAGUAGCUACAAACACAGACGAAAAAACUCUGAAGAGAGAAGGAGUGUGUGCUGCCAGUCUUCCCACCACCAUGGCCAUAGUAGCAGGCUUCCUCGUGCAAAACACCCUCAAGUAUCUACUGAAGUUUGGUGAUGUGACAUAUUAUCUUGGAUAUAAUGCUCUGCAAGACUUUUUCCCAACAAUGGCAAUGAAGCCUAACCCGCAAUGUGAUGACAACCAUUGCAGACGACAGCAAAAACUAUUUCAGGAAAGAGAAGCUUUGAAACCAAAAGAGGAAACUAAAGAAAAGGUUGAAGAAGCCAUUGUUCAUGAUGAUGAAUGGGGUAUAGAACUUGUGUCGGAGACCACUGAGGAGGAGCUACAGAAGGCUCAGGGAGACAUGCCAACACUGACACAGGGGGUCACUGUCGCCUACACAAAGCCAGCUCCCACACAAGAUGACAAUUCUGCUGUAGUGGAGGAUUCUGGUGAGAGUUUAGAGGAACUCAUGAAAAAGAUGCAGAGUAUAUGAAAAUAUCACCAUCCUAAACACAGGAGUGUCUCUUGCUGGACAAGAACUGAACUCAAGUUAUCGCUGCCAUCAAUCUAGUCGUGCUUAUGUCCCUUGGACAGUACAUCUUUGACAUUUAUUGUUGCUUAUUAUGUGGAAGGUUGUACAGAUAGAUCUGAUGUUGAUGACGGUUCCUAUUGUGCAAGAUUUGAUUUUUCAAUUUGUUUGAAAUAAUUCUAACUCAAAUUAAAAGCAACUUUGUAAAAGCUGCUGUUCACACCCAGGCACUAAUUAAUUGUCCAUGACUUUAAAGGUUUAUGUCGUGUAAAUAAUUGAAUGAAUUAUUUUAUACAUGAGUAAUUUGUUGCAUAAAAUGUUGAAGUCUUAGAAUGACAGAAAAAUUAAAGUUUGGAAUCAGUCAAA